UACAGGAAGUCAGAAAAUGGCGGUGUUGGUAAGGGAUCCCUUGCGCUCGAAGGUGCAAUUUGUGAUGUUGCCAGCUGAAGACUGGUCAGUUCGAGAUUUUCUCCGCUCCUGGUGCCAGGCGCAGGGGCUUCCUGAAGAUCACUUUUAUAUAAAGUGUAAUGGUAGAUGUAUUAAUUUUGAAGGUGUACUACAAAAUGGAGCUGUUUACAGCGUGGAACCAAGGUUAUGUGGUGGAAAAGGAGGUUUUGGAUCUAUGCUCCGAGCACUUGGUGCUCAAAUUGAGAAGACAACAAACCGAGAAGCUUGCAGAGAUCUCAGUGGAAGGAGACUCCGAGAUGUUAAUCAUGAAAAAGCGAUGGCUGAGUGGGUGAAACAACAAGCAGAACGGGAAGCAGACAAGGAACAAAGGCGUUUAGAAAGGCUGAAGCGAAAGUUGGCUGAACCGAAGCACUUUUUCACUAACCCAGAUUACCAGCAGCAGUGCCAUGAAAUGGCAGAGAGACUUGAAGAUUCUGUCCUGAAAGGUAUGCAAGCUUCUUCCAGCACAGUGGUGUCCCCAGAAAGCAGUGAGAGUCGAAAAUGGACCACUGACUCUGGAAAAGGAGCACCACCAGAGAAGAAAAGGUGUUUCUGGUUAGGUAUAGAAGGGUUGGAAGAUCCUGACAGUUCAGAGGAUAAUAGUGAUGAUGAUGAAGAUGAAUCUCCUAGUAUGUCAGGAAGAUGCUCCACAACAUCUGACAGCCAUAUCAGUGUGACCGACAAUUUAAAUGAGUUUCCCAGGAAUUCAGAGGAUUCUGUAAGCUGCAGUUCAGGCUCUGAUGAGAAGUCAGAAGAUCAAACAAAGAAUAAAAAAGAUCUACUAGAAGAUCCAGCUUUCAAUACAAUUGUAGCCAGUGAGAAACAUAAAACACCACAGAUUCUGAAGGAAGAAAAGCAUGCAAAUGUCUCAAGUACUGAAAAAGCUGCGAGUCAAUUUCAGCAUGCAGGUACUUCAAGAAUCAAUCUGCUGGAAUUCAAUUCUGUUGCGGAACUGGAAGCCUUAGGGCUAGACAACCUAAAGUUUGAACUGUUGGCUUUGGGACUAAAAUGUGGAGGUACCCUACACGAAAGAGCAGAACGACUUUUUUCAGUGAGAGGUCUAUCUAGAGAUCAGAUUGAUCCUGCUUUGUUUGUUAAGCCUUCCAAAGGGAAGAAGAAAUAAAAAUGGUGGUAUGGCUUCCUUUUAUACUUCAGGUUUUUCAACAUUCUUCUCAUUCUGCUGUUUUGUAUAAUAUCUUUCAAAAGCCAGUGUAAAUUUGUAUACCCUUUAAUGCUUUAAGAAUAAUUUUUGUGAUGAUGGCUAAAAGUACUUGUUAGUGGACAUCUUUUUUUUUUUAAUUUGUUAGUGCUUAGUAAAAGACUAGUAUAUUUUAUAUUCAAG